AUGUUAUGCCGGAAAAGUACGGCAAAGAACAGGCGUGGAUCGGUUGCUGUGCACCUGAAUGUAUACGAUCUUUCCUCCAUGAAUGGCUAUGCUUACUGGCUUGGACUCGGCGCCUACCACUCAGGUGUUCAAGUUCAUGGUGUGGAAUAUGCAUUCGGAGCUCACGAGUAUCCCACGACGGGUAUAUUCGAAGGGGAGCCGAAAAUUUGCGAUUGUUUCACUUUCAGAAAGUCGAUUUUGAUGGGUUGGACUAAUAUGACUCCGGGGGAAGUUAGAGGAGUUAUGGAAGAUCUUGCCGAAAAAUACAGGGGAGAUGCUUACAAUCUCAUCACCAAAAACUGCAACCAUUUUUGCAACGAUGCCUGCAUUAAGCUCACCGGUAAUCCAAUCCCUAGUUGGGUUAACCGUCUCGCUAGAAUUGGCUCGCUUUGCCACUGCAUAAUCCCGAUCAACUUGAACACAACAAAAGUUGGGCACCACAAGAGUGAGGAGAAAGCGAGUGAAGCUGAGAAGAAGAAGCUCAAGAGCCGCUCGUCCAAUAGGUACUCUCAUUCGCCUUCGAAUUCAUCUUCGUCUACUUCUUCUUCUUCUUCGUGUUCUCCACCAUUAGAGGCAACCAUCGGCAGCCAAAGCCGAAGCCCUCUGCCUUUGUAA